UCUCGCUCUCACCGUUCUUCUUGAUUACUUUCAUAUCUCUCCACACCAAAGGUUCUGCUACCACCACUGCCAACACCAACACCAACACCGUCGUUGCCAGCUCCGUCGUCUCUUCUUCACCCACUUUCAAUCCCUCCUUUAUCUCUUCCCCUCCUACGAAGAAAACCAAAUCCCAACUACUUGCCCCAACAAGAACGGCCUCCACCACCACGACAACCCUUCUUCCAACAUUACUCCCAAUGACGCCGAUUUCGACCCUUCCUCCAUGGCCCUAGAUGAAGUUCUCAAGCCCGAUGAAUUUAUUGCUUUUGAUUUUAUUGUUAUUUCGACCCUUCCUAAUUUCACCUCUGCAAGAACAUUUCCGGCAUCCACAAUAAUGGCGGCACCGUCCAUCCCCACCACCGCCUUCCGACGACCGCUGCAUGCACUGUUGAGCUCCGACGCUCCGAUGCUCCAACGCCGUGCACUUUAGCUCCGACGCCACUGCACACUACCUCCGAAUACGCCGUGUGCUUUAGCUCCAACGCCCCAACUCCUUUGACUAUGCUUGUUGCUGGUUGAGUUCCAACACCUCAACGCCGCCGUACACUACCUCCGACGCCCCUACACACUACCUCCGAAGGCCGUCACACGUACUGCUAUGGCAAUGGCUCAACUUCUCAUCAAACCACCUCAAUCUUUCUCCCCAUUCCUUGAAUCUCCAAGGCCAAAGAUUACAAACCCAAAUAAGUUUCGUUUGAGAGCGUCAUCGACUAAUAGUCCAAAUGACGAAGCGAGGAAUUUGGUAGGAAAAGAAACAGAUGGAUGGACCAUUGACUACUCCGGUGAAAAACCAGCGACGCCGUUGUUGGAUACUAUCAAUUAUCCUAUUCAUAUGAAGAAUCUGUCAUUAGAGGAUCUUGAGCAGCUAGUAGCAGAGCUUAGAGCAGAACUUCUGUUCUCUGUAUCCAAAACUGGAGGUCAUUUAAGUGCAAGCUUAGGUGUUGUCGAGCUGGUCGUGGCACUGCAUUAUGUGUUCAAUACCCCGGAGGACAAAAUCAUAUGGGAUGUUGGCCAUCAGGCAUAUCCACACAAAAUUCUAACUGGAAGAAGGUCUAGAAUGCAUACUAUAAGGCAAACUUCAGGGCUCGCUGGUUUUCCCAAAAGGGAUGAAAGUGUUCAUGAUGCUUUUGGUGUAGGACACAGUUGUACAAGCAUAUCAGCUGGUCUUGGCAUGGCAGUUGCAAGAGACCUUUUGGGACAGAAGUACAAUGUCAUUUCUGUGAUUGGAGAUGGAGCUAUGACAGCAGGUCAAGUAUAUGAGGCGAUAAAUAAUGCAGGCUAUCUGGAUACAAACAUGAUCAUUAUUCUCAAUGACAACAAGCAAGUCUCAUUGCCGACUGCUACGCUUAAUGGCCCUGCUACUCCUGUUGGAGCUCUUAGCAGUUCUUUAACCAAAUUUCAAGCAAGCACACAAUUUCGAAAACUUCGUGAAGCUGCAAAGGUCAUCACAAAACAAAUUGGGGGGCAAGCCCACGAAGUUGCAGCGAAAGUCGAUGAAUAUGCAAAAGGUUUGAUAAGUGGUACGGGACUGAAAUUUUUCGAGGAACUAGGAUUGUACUAUAUUGGUCCAGUGGAUGGACAUAAUGUGGGGGAUUUGAUCACCAUUUUUGAUAAGGUGAAAUCAAUGCCAGCGCCCGGACCAGUAUUGAUCCACAUCGUUACAGAAAAAGGGAAGGGCUAUCCUCCAGCAGAAGCAGCUGCAGAUAAAAUGCGUGGAGUAGUUCAAUUUGACCCCAAAACAGGCAAGCAAUUCAAGACAAAAUCUGCCACACUUUCAUACACUCAAUACUUUGCUGAAUCUCUUAUAAGAGAAGCAGAAUUGGAUGACAAUAUUGUAGCCAUCCAUGCUGCCAUGGGUAGUGGAACUGGUCUUAACUAUUUCCAAAAGAGGUUUCCAAAACGUUGCUUUGAUGUUGGUAUUGCCGAGCAACAUGCUGUUACAUUUGCAGCUGGUUUAGCGACAGAAGGUAUCAAGCCAUUUUGUGCUAUUUACUCAUCCUUCCUUCAAAGAGGGUUUGAUCAGGUGGUGCAUGAUGUAGACCUUCAGAAACUACCUGUCCGCUUUGCAAUGGAUCGAGCUGGUUUGGUCGGUGUCGAUGGCCCAACACAUUGUGGCGCAUUUGAUAUAACAUACAUGGCUUGUUUGCCAAACAUGGUUGUCAUGGCUCCAUCCGAUGAAGCUGAACUAAUCCACAUGGUUGCAACAGCAGCGAUAAUAAAUGAUAGACCGAGUUGCUUUCGGUUUCCAAAGGGCAAUGGGAUUGGAGUUGAUCUUCCUCCUAAUUUCAAAGGAACUCCAAUUGAGAUUGGUAAGGGGAGAAUACUGGUGGAAGGCACUAGAGUUGCUCUAUUGGGGUAUGGUUCAAUAGUUCAACAAUGUGUUGGAGCUUCAGAAUUGCUAAAAACAAGAGGCCUUGCUCCAACCGUGGCAGAUGCUAGAUUUUGCAAACCUCUGGACACUCAACUUAUAAGGCAACUGGCAAAGGAGCAUGAAAUUCUGAUUACUGUGGAGGAAGGCACCAUUGGAGGCUUUGGUUCUCGUGUAUCCUAUUUCCUUAGCUUGACUGGAAAUUUAGAUGAGCAUCGUCUCAAGCUGAGAUGUAUGGUUCUUCCCGAUCGAUACAUUGGCCAUGGAUCGCCACGAGACCAAAUCGAAGAAGCAGGACUAUCAUCUAAACACAUAGCUGCAACAGUCUUAACUCUUUUGGGCAGAUCCAAAGAAGCUUCUUCUUUCCAAGUUUCAACACCUAGGAAGUGAAGUUCUAAGUAGGAAGCUAUCUAUAUAUCUACAAAAUCAUAUGGAUAUGUUUUUCAUAUGAAGCAAGACAACUUUUAUGUGGAUCCAGAUGUUAGUACUAGUGAGAUAGGAAAAGAUUGUCAUAGAUGACAAUGUAUCAAACUCACCAAUGAUAAUAUAAUCCUAGGAUCCUGAUUAGGUGAAUAAUUUGCAACACAGAAUAAAAGA